GCCGCCGGCUCGCCCAAGGAGGAAGGAGACGACCAGGCCGAGUGCAAGCUCCUCGGGUCCUUCGCCAUCUUCGUCCAACUCGCCCUCGGCGGGCUGGCGCUGCUCAGCCUGGUGUACAAGAGGUGGCGGGAGCGACCACAGAGGCCCGUCAAGAUAUGGUUUUUCGAUGUGUCGAAGCAGGUCUUUGGAUCCGUGCUGGUACACAUGGCCAAUGUCUUCAUGUCGAUGCUGACGAGCGGGCGGAUCUCGGUCCAGGUUGAGCCCGCGGCCGUGUCGGCUGCUGUUGCGGCGUCGGCAGUGUUGAGGCGGUUUGCAGAUGCAGGAGGUCCUGGUGGUGGUGACGAUGGACCAUAUGUGCCGAACCCGUGCUCUUUCUAUUUGCUGAACCUUGCUAUUGACACGACGCUCGGCAUACCAAUACUCAUCUUUCUCCUGCGCAUCUUCACAGCGCUGGUCUCGUAUACACCCCUCGGCCAGCCCCCAGAGUCGAUCCAGUCCGGUCACUACGGCAAUCCGCCCAAAGCCUGGUGGUGGCUGAAGCAGUCACUCAUCUACUUCCUGGGCCUCUUCGGGAUGAAGUUUUGCGUGCUCGUCAUCUUCCUCAUGUUCCCGUGGAUCUCGCGCGUCGGCGACUGGGCGCUGCGGUGGACCGAGGGCAACGAGAAGAUCCAGAUCAUCUUCGUGAUGAUGCUGUUCCCGCUCAUUAUGAAUGCGCUGCAGUAUUACAUCAUCGACAGCUUUAUCAAGAAGGCAGCCACCAAGGAGGACACCGACGGCCACAGCGCGGCCGGCUCAGAGGGCGAAGGUUACCAGAGAGUGCGCACGGAUGAGGACCAUGUCGAGGGCCAUGGCCCCCAGAGAGGACCGUCGGCGGCGGCGGAGGAGGAGGCUGAUGAGGAUAAAAAGGGUGGCAUACGGUCACAGGCUAAGAUAACUACGAGUCCCGCCCAUGAGGAGUACGACCCAGAGGUGGACGGCGACAGGACGGCGGCCACAGGUGGUAGUUCGUCUACCACGGCAGAAGGCACGGUGUCAUCGGAGUUGUAUCCCAAGGAAUAA